UUGUCUUGAUUCAGUACAAUGACGUGCAGUGUGGUGCAAUUUUCACAUGACUCAAGCACUUGUGGGAUACUUUGGUAAGGUGUGGAGCUGAAUACCCAGUAGAAAUGCACACUUUGGAGUGGAUUACAACACAAGGUUUUAAAGAAAAGAAAUAUGCGUAGAAGAAUGCUGUAGGACUGCUGCAGAUACCUAAAGAAGAAUGUUGGCUCUCGGAUGGUCCUUCUGGUGUAUUUUACUGAGUCUACACAUGCCACUUCAUGGCUUGGAGAUUUUUGAACAUGACAGCCACAAAGUCAUUUGCUCACAGGGUCUCUCUAAAUGCAAGAUGAAAGAUGAGAUGCCUGUUAAUCCCAGCAAAAACACUGUGGAUGUUCAGACACUAAAACCAGAUUUUAAGCUCUGCUGUACGAACAAGACAGCAUGUGCAUUAUGUUUGGUGAUAGACAUAGAGUUUAACAUCGAUCCAGAUGAAGACACGGAGGAUCAAGGCUCCUCUGGCUCAGAAAUGGAAGAAUACAGAGAAGACAAGAUCACUUCACAAGGGUCAUUGACAGUAUGUUAUUGCACAGAAGCGUCCAUGCCAAAGUGCAAGAAGGUGGUGUUUACAGUGAAUAAUGAAGCUCUUACUCAACAAAACCAGCUAAAGAUCUCAGUGGUGAUUACUCAGUCAGAUGGCUUUCCCUUUGAAAUCUCCCUGAUUGUCCGUAGCUCAAGUAUAACUGAAAGGGUUGCUGCUCCUUCUUUUAAUGAAGUGUGCUCCCAGGAACUGCAGAAAACUUUACCAGAGUGUCAAGUGCCCAAAUUCACAUUUGCAGUAAACUCAAAGAUGAAUCAAGUGGAGCUGCAGCUUGAAGACGGGAAUAAGAUCCCCCCCUCGAUGUGCAUCCAGUACGAGCAGAAAGGAAGGUGUCAGAGUUGGAACAGGAUGACCAUACCACUGUACUCCGUAACCCGCUGCAUGUGUCUCCAGCUGUGGUACGAGGAUGGACAAAGGUCUACACGGUCACUACAAUGCCCCUUCAAUAAAUCUGAUUCUCUAAAUGAAUCACAAAAGAACAUAUGGGAAAAUAUCACCGUGUCAAAGCCCCAUGUACAAAUGACCAGCUUUGGAGAAAUGUUAUCCUGGAACGUGUCUGCACCUUGCAGGCUGGAUGGUAAAGUGUGGCUGCUUAAGAAACACAGUCGAAGCAGGAGUGCCUUCAGCCAACAGCUGGAAAAUGGCACUGCAUGGAAACAAAACAUCAAGGGACUCUGGAUGAACACAUUUGUGUUUGAAAAUGUACCCCUCCGGCCCUUGCCGUGUUUGAUGAUAAGAGUAAAGGGAAUGGAACAUGACCUAGGUCCAUUUUGUUUUGAUGACAAUGUUGCAGCUGGCAGGUGGCGCUGGAGUCUCCUAGCCACUGCUGUUAUGCUGCUGGCUUUCAUUACUGUGCUGUUGUUAUGGUCCUUUCAUAAAUCUAUCAAGGGAUGGGUAUGGAGCUGGCAACAUGGUGGGAUAGUAAAAAUUGGUAAGAUGCGUCAUGUUGUCCUGCUGAGCCCCCCAGACGUGGAUGAUGCCACUUCUAAGUUGGUGUGUCAGAUCGGGUCCAACCUCAGCGACAAGGGCUUCAGUGUAUCUGUCGACCAGUGGAGCAGGAGGGAGCAGUGUAAUUGGGGGCCUCUGCCAUGGCUGCAUUCACAGCUGCUGGAGCUUAACAGCCUGGGUGGCCGAGUUCUGCUGGUUCUGACACGUAGAGCCUUGGAGAGAACCGAAGAAUGGAUGCACUGGAACAAAGAUAUUAUCAACGAAAGCAUGGGGAACAAAGAAAAUGAUCUACCAAAGCUGUGGUCACCGUAUUCUGAUUUGUUCACAGCCUCCCUGUCCCUCAUUCAAGCUGACAAGCUCCUUGAUAGAGCUGGUAAACGUUUCGUUCUGGUGAAAUUUGAUUCCCACCCAAGAGAGACUCACACCAGAGACAGGUGUUUACCAGAGCUUCUUCAGGGGCUGCCACUGUUUAGUCUUCCCUCUCAGAAUCAGUCUCUCCUAGCUGAGCUAACUGUGACAAAGACAGAGAGAGGAUCAUAUGGAGGAAGGUGAGGUACUCCAAUGGCUAAAAAGGGACCAAGACCAGCAAGAGGGCAUCAUCGUGUAAAUCGUUUAAAUCACCCAAAUGUACUUUAAUAAGCUGUAUUGCUUUUUUGUGUACAUGAAGAAUAUGUUCAUCAGAGUUGGCUGCCAUGAAGAUGAUAUGCUAAUGAAGAAUAAGACUCCCGACUCAGUGAUAAGUGAUACAAAUACAGUCAACAAAUUCCAUACAGAGACCAUAACCAAUAAUCUGUUGUUCUAAAUCUCCACAAGCCUUAUUUUAUUUUAUUUUAUUUUUUAAAUCUGCUUAAGCAGAAGCAGCUGCUGUACCAGGACAGUGUAUACAAACUGACAGUAUAAACUAAGUCCUGACAUGUCUUGAGAUGAUCAUCUCUGUACACAAAGACAACGGCAAAAAAAUCUGGAUGAUCUAUUCAUUUUGGUCUUUUAGGGGAUUUUUUGAAAGCAAGAACGAUUAUAGUCUUAUUCUCAAAGCUGCAAAACUGUAACUCCUACAGACUAAAAAUAACCGUGCACGGUAAGCCUGUCCACACCUGUCUAUAACUAUAUUUGCCUCUGUUUUUGUUUUUUUGUUUGGUUUAAAAGCUAAAACACAUCGAGUUAUGAUUGGUCUUUGGAAGGACAGCGGCUCUUAUUGGGCCAGUGUAAGGACUUACUGAAGUACUUGUUAUAAGUAUUACCACAUUCCGUAAGAGCGGUGUCUUGGGACGGAUAUGUGCUCCGCCCGCGCGGGAGGUGUGAGUUAUCUCUGCAACCGAACACAAUGUAGCCAACAGCCGGGUCAUGUGUCAAGCGGGUCUGUCUUGGAUUCACUUCUUUUAAAGUUUUCUGCCCGUUUCACCCUAUAGCAGCGCGAAGCACCAUUUCGUAAAGACAUGGUAUUUUGGAGCAAAUUCAUAGUUUCAUCUUCUGGCCAGAUGGGCAUGAAGAGUCUCCACAGAAACCUGCUUCAGGGUGUUUGCCUAUGGAGUCUGCUGGCUGUUCAGGUGAGCAGUUGUCCAGAUAGCUGCAGUUUGUGUUCAGGGCCAGAAAAUGACCAGUGUGAGGAAUGCAGAGAUGGAUGGACACUCCAUAAUAAGAUCUGUGUAGACAUCGAUGAGUGUGGCACACAGCUGGGUAACUGUCCUCCAAACAGUUACUGCUUUAAUACAGAAGGAUCCUUUGAGUGCAGAGGCUGCGACGUGGCCUGUGUGGGCUGCUUGGGUAGCGGACCAGCACGCUGCAGGAAAUGUGCUUCUGGGUACAGACUGACAGGAUCCAAGUGUUUGGAUAUAGAUGAAUGCAGUGACCGUGUGCUUGCCUGCCAUGGUCUCGAUGAGAUUUGUACCAACACAGAAGGAUCUUUCCGUUGUGACUGCGCUGAAGGAUUCAUCCGCAUGGACAGUGUUUGCGUGAAAAAGCAGUUGCCUCAUUUUGAGGAGAAAGGUCUAUUUGAGGAUAUCCAGGAUGAUGAGGUGGAGAUACUGAAGCAGAUGUUUUUUGGGGUGGUCCUUUGUGCUCUGGCAACACUUGCAGCAAAGGGAGAUUUGGUCUACACAUCUGUGUUUAUGGGAGCAUUGGCAGCCAUGGCGGGUUACUGGCUUUCUGAUCGAGGCGACCGAUUGUUAAACAGCUUUGUAAAGGGACAUUAGAGUUGCAGACUUUUGCAAAGAGAACUUUACAGGAAAUGGACAAACCAAUGCGCUGCUGCAUAGAGUGGCCAUGGAGUUUUGCAUUAUUUUGUAUUGUGUGGAAUAUAAUAUGUGCUUUUAAAAAUUUCUUGUUUGUUAAAGUGUAUAAACUAUUACUUUAAGUUUAUGCUGCUUAUAAAAAAUUUUGAUUCAGGAGGGUGACAUUUAGUGUGCCUUAUCUUCUGCAAGUCUGCAGAUUUUUCUCAGACUCAUGGAUUUAAAUUGUUUUUCCAUAAGUCAGUGUGUGAUAUCAUGGUCCUUAUGGAGUACGGAAAAGAAAAUAUAUUUGUGCAGUGAGAUUACAAAAGGUUGAUUCAGUUAAGCAGCUAAAGAGCUGAAGUGCAUUUGGUGGUAUCUAACAUCGUCUUAUUUCGUAGAAUAAAAUUACAGAUGUCUUGAAUUCUAUGUGCACAUUGCAGUUUUAGUGAGUUUGAUUACGGAGAUUCAAGUAAAACCUGUUAAAUCUUUAAAAGUAUUGGCACAGGCACCCAGGAAAAACUGACUUUCAGGGUCUCAAGUAUCUUUCUCACAAGGAAAUUAAUGAAGCUGCAGACAUCUAAAUACCACGGUGAAUGUUGUCUCACUUUACACAAGUAAGAGCCAAAGAAUCCAAACUAAAGAUCUAAACAAAGGGGGGAGAAGGUGUCUUAGCAGAAGGCUUAGGAAGAAAGUCAUGUGUUUAGAUUAUUAUAUAUAUCAAACAAACACAUUAAUGUUGUGCUCCUGCAGCAGUCCAAGGUAAUGACCAUGGCCAGUUUUCCAUAUAAAAUGCUGCUGUUAUUUGUAUGUACUGCAUUAGAAAUGAGCAACGAUUGGGGUUUUUUUCCUCUGUAUUUGGAGCAGCCAAAAUACAAUGAGAGGAUGCUUUCACCACCCUUUUUUUUUUUUUUUUUUUUUAGGUACACCUGUUCAGCUGCCGUUUAUGCAAAUAUAUAGUUGGCUAAUGAUUUAAGUGACUUUGACUAUGUCAAUGUUGUUGUUGCCAGACAGCCUGGUCUCAGUAUUUCACAAACUGGUGAUCUAUUUAAAAUUUCCCAACAUAACCAUCUUUAUAGUUUACAGACGAUGGUCCAAGGCAUGUGGACCCCAGCUCAGCAGCCAGACCCUGAACUUUAACAUGUAGCAAAAGCAGCGAUGAGCAGUUAGGCUGCUGCCUCCAUUUCUACCUGUUCAUGUUUCUGAAGUCAAAGUCUCUCUGUGCUGGUUUUCAUCUUUGCUUUUUGCUGUCAGCACAAACUAAAGGAAAGAUUAUGUGUCCUCAUUAGGAUCCUGAUUUGUGUUGGUGUAUGGAAAUUUGUAGUAAAGCUGUUAUGUUCAGUGCUUUCCAUGUGCACAUUUUUCAAGGUAUAAAUGCUCAAAUAAAUACUUUACAUACAGUUAUUCUGAAUCAGUCAUCUUCAGUGAGCAUUAAAUCAGGUUUUAACUUAAAGAAGGUAGACAAAGUUUAUGUAUAAAGUAGCAACUGUUUAAGUGAUUUUAGUUGAAAAAUCACAAACGCAGACAGAAAGAAAGUCACCUUUAUUUGAUGGAUAUAAACAAGCUGGCCAACACUCAAUAGUAAUAUUCUGAUACAGCACAUACAAUAGCAAACUGGGGCACUGAGGACAGCCUCCUAUAGUUUUUAUAAAACAAAACAUUACAGAGUAUCCAUGCUUUUUUUUCCCCCCCAAACUUACUCAAUCUCACUUUUUUUUUUUAAUUUAGGGACUUUCUCUUUAUAAAGUUGUUGUUGUUGUUUUUGUUUAGUUUUUUUUAAAUAGUUUUAUCUUGUGCAUUCACACAACAACAUACACGCACUCAUAAACAAAUAAAUUGCAGUUAUGCACGCACA